CUUGUAUGUGGGAUAUCUAUGAUGAUGAAGGCAAAGAAGAAGAAGCAAGCGAAGAAGAAGGAGAAAAAAGAAGAAGAGACAAAAUGUCGACCUCAAUGUUAUUCUCAAGGCAACUAUGGAAGUUAAAGUGUUACCAGUUGGGAACCUGGGGCACCCUGAGGACUCGCAUUUCUGCUUUGUGCACCACUAACAGUGGAGAGGUUUCAAAGACUGCUGAAAAGCCAGCAAAUGAUCCAGAUGAGAGAGCAACCCUUCUAAAAUACAAGACAUCAGUGUCCUUCCCUAUGAGGGUUUCCAACCAUGGAUCUCUGGGUAUUGCAGCUGCAAUGUCCAAUACCCAUGCAGGCAAAGUAGUGGAUACAUUGCCUAUCAUUGCUAAUACAGAAAUAGAACAAACUAAGCAGAACCCUCCCUUAGGUCAAACCCCUCACUCAGGCACUACUUUGACUGUGACAGAUACACGUUCCACCACGGCAGAAGAAUCUUUCAUUUCAGCGACAGCCCCGGGCAAUACAGCCACAACCGAGACACCCGAUUGUGAAUCUGGUGACCAAAAAAGUCCUGAACAUCUUUCCGCAUUGGUCAGUGACUCUUCUGAUUCUGACUCAGAUUCUGAUUCUGACUCUGAGACAGACUCUCUAACAACUUCAGCCUCUGUGCAAGAAGUACCACAAUUCCCACAGAAUACACAAGUACAGGUUAAAGAGAAGGAAGAUGAAGCUAAUAAGGAGCUUAUACCAGAACAUGAAGCUAAUUCUGCCUCUGCUACCUUGCCAGAAGAGGCAGCACAUGAAAAAGCAUCUGAAAAUAUCAUGGAGGUAAAAAAUGUUGGCGCUGUUGCGGACCAGAUGGAAUCUAGUCCACAAUUCCAGGAUUUGUCGGAAGAGUUAUCAGAGAUCAAACAGACAGAGUUGCAAGCUCAUGCUAAUUCUGUAUCAGAAUUAAGUGAGAGUGGAACAUCUCCCACAGUCCCUGGUGGUAGUGAAAAUACUGCAUUUGAAGCUGUGAGUAAGGUUUCUAAUCCAGAACAAGACUCAACUGAUGCCAUUUUAGAAACCACAGUGCCCGUGUGUGCUGAAGUUAGUGCAGAUACUGCACCCCUGCUUGCAGAAGAUGAAUCUGUCGUUCAAGGAACUGACGAGGCCGUGUGUGCUGAAGUUAGUGCAAAUACUGAAACCCUGCUUGUAGAAGAUGAAUCUGUCAUUCAAGGGACUAACGAGGCCGUGUGUGCUGAAGUUGGUGCAAAUGCUGAACCCCUGCUUGUAGAAGCUGAAUCUGUCGUUCAAGGAACUGACGAGGCUGCUGCAUUGCCAGUGGAUGAUGCUGUCCCCUCUGGAGCAACUACUGAUGUUGCACCCAUGGUCUUGACCUCUUCGCAGAGUACUAGUGAGCUGCCGGACCCUUUGAGAGAAGAACUACAGACAGAUACUUCACUUGAGGAAAAUGCAGCACAAGCACCUGCUGAGCCGGAAGAGAUCAUUGACAACAGCACAUACCGAAAUUACCAACACCACAGCUACACCCCCUAUACCUUUGCAGACAUGGAUGUAGAGAUGGCAAAGUAUCGUCUCCCACAGCCCAGCUCGGGAAGAUCCUCACCUAGACACUAGUAGAGUUCAGCUGGUGUUAUCUUGAUCACGGUUUUACUCUUAAAAAACAUAUAUAAAAGCUCUAUAUAAAUAAAAGGUAUCAUUUAAACUUUUUUGUUGAUUUAUAUGUAAUUGUUUGAAAAGCUGUGAUUCAAUGUUAUUUUUCCAAA